AUGGUCGUGAAAAGUUAUAAUGGAGACGUACUUGACGAAUACGAUCUGCGACGUGCUAAAGAAAACCGUGUAAAAUUAGCAAUUUUGAUUGUUAUUGGAGUUUUAAUUGCUGGUUUUGCGACAUGGAAUAUUUGGCGGAUGGUGCAAGCUAUACAGUCACCUGUUGUCAGUGUAAGAGACGCGGUUCGAUCUGAAAUACCUGUGCCUGGGCUCGUUUUUUGUGGCUUAACUCUAGAUCAGCCAAUUCAAUGCUUUAAGAGUGCUUUUAAUGCGGCCGACGAUGAAUAUAACAAGGGUGAUCCUUGUGACGAAUAUCUUUCGAGAGAAAGAUUUGACGGUACCAGUUUCUAUAAUAUGUAUGGUUUUUAUAACCUAACCGGUCAAUAUUGCUAUAUCUUUGACCCUCGGAGACCUUACAAUAAUGCAUUAGGUCCACCUCUUAGAUACAAUAAUUCGACACAAAAAAUUGCUUUGGCUUUAUGGUCCAGUGUGAAUGCGAAUAACACGUUAGGGGCAAUCACAAUUGAUGAAUGGUAUUUCUUUGGAAUAUUCACCGAGCGGGAAAAUCCUCAAGAUGUUAAAUUUCAAAUAGUGAAAAUGCCUGCAAUCUCUUAUCUUUACUUUAGUCGUAUCGAGAAAAAGCAAAAUAUCAAUCUAGACGUAAUAACUGGUGGCGGUACAGGAAAUACGGAAUAUGAUCCAAAUGCAGAUGUGGAACUGGACACGUCAUUUGACAGUUUUGCAAUUUCUGGAUUUGGCAUUUCACCUAAUCUUUGGAGUCUUUUCCGAAUUAUCCCGAAAGAUUAUAAAUUUGAUCCAGUUGCCAAAUUACAAGCUUAUUCCAUUCAAAUUUGGUUUGGACGUGUUGAAUUCACAUUAUUGCAAUUGACCGCUAACAUGGGUGGUUUUGUGAGCAUUCUAAGCGCGCUCUAUUUCAUUCUUCUUGGAUCAAGACGUGUUGAUCCGUGGGGUAUUAUUCAGAGAUAUGUUCUUAAAUCAGUUCCACCUGCUUAUACACCAACCGUAUUCCCGUACUCGUACACUGACACAAAACAUCAACAGGAGGAACCAUUGUCAAAUCUAGCACAAGCUGAAGCGUUACAUCCACCAGGAGCUGAUCAGAAUUCGCGGUUAGGAUUCAGUGGUGCAUCUACAUCCACGCCAUCAUCAGUAUACCAACCUAGCGACAUUGGAAUAGUUCCGGGGAUAUAUCAUCCUCAAGGCGAUUACAGUGAUCCACAGAUUGAACGUUUAAGAAAUGAAUUACGGGCCGAGAUACAGGGAACAAUUGCGCAAGAAAUCGGAAAAUUGAGAGUGUACUUGAGUAAAUAUUAUUUCCGGGAUCUUGCACCAUCUGAAUAG